AUGGCAAAGUUGUUAAUCUUCGCUUUAUCGUCGCUAUCCGCAGUAGUUCACUGCUUGACUCACUACGACGUGUAUUACAAGUGGAAGAGAAUCGAAUACGAAUUACCCGACAAUAUUCGAUUGAAUUCAUCGGAAUAUGUCCCGGAGAACAACAUAGUGUCGGUGAUAAAAAUCUACGAGAAUCGAAUGUGGAUUACAACGCCACGAUACUUUCGAGGCGUACCAGUUACUCUAAAUGUAAUCCCGUACAAUCAUCGAUAUCAUUGGUGGCAUCCAUUCCUCUUGCUUCACAACGACAGUCCAAAAUUGAAGCCAUUCCCGAGCUAUGAUAUGAACAAAAUGGGCGACUGUAAUGCAUUACAAUUGGUGAGUGCGCUCGACGUCGAUCACUAUGGACGAUUGUGGGUUGUGGACGUUGGCAGGGUUAACGUUCUGGAGCCGUAUAAAAUGUCCGGCUCAGCACUGAAUUUGUGUCCAGCGAAAUUGCUUGUUUUUGACGUAACAGGAGGUCGAAGUGAUUUAAUAUUUACUUACACAUUUCCGGACAAUGUUGCUCCCAAUACGACCACCAUUUUGAAAGAGAUGCAGGUAGCGUGCAGUACGGAAGACGAUUGUUGGGCUUUUAUUCCUGAUUUCGCUUUGAACAGAUUGGUUGUGUACGAUCACAAACAUCGAGAGUCUUGGACAGCUCAACACCCAUCAAUGGCACCAGAUCCAAAUAAAGUGGUUUUUUUAGUGAAUGGUAUGUCGUCGCCGUUUGAGUUUUAGUAAAAACUUUUCGAAGAACUUAUUUUCCUGUUUGUAUAUAGGAGU